UCUGCAUCCGCUUUCUCUGCCUUUGAUAUGAUAUGAUCAGAAGCACCGGACGCUCUGACUCGCAGCCGUCGGUUCCUCCGUUCGUAAGUCCAAGGACGAGGAGACGCACGCGGGACCUCCGGGGCAGCACGAGCGCAACAUGGCCGCGAAAGACAGCGUACCGGCGAGCUUUUUGAGCGUGAGCCGGGAGAUGACAGAGAGCAUCAAGAGAGUGAUUGACAAACCGUCCAUCAAGUUUGCACAAGCCAUCAAAGUGGAAAGCAAGAAUGGGAAAUCAGAAGACAGGGUUUUGGUGUUGGCUACGUGGCGGCUUUACCUCAUGGCUCCAAAAUUACCAACCAAGGUAGAGCAAACAUUUAACUACCUGGAGAUUCGUGCUAUAAGCCCGCAUCCAGAGAACCAGGUCGUCAUAGAGACGGACAAAUCCACCUACAUCUUCAGGCUACAGUCAAGUGACCACAUGGACCAGCUGCUCGGCCACAUCAAUUUCACCCUCUCACGUAUCUUUAACAACUCCAUCUGCGUUCCUUCUAUCUUUCAAGCAGAUGGUGAGAUUUCUGAUGGGGGGCAUAAAUAUUCACCAAGCUCGGAAACAUCAUUGGAGGCUCAGAGAGCGUGUGGAGGUUUUUCUGAGACCUACGCUGCGCUCUGUGACUACAACUGCAUUAGCUGCAAAGAGGAAGUGCAGUGGGAUGUGGACACUAUAUAUCACUCCCAGGACAAUAGGGAGUUUAAUCUGUUGGACUUCGCUCACCUAGAGAGCAGAGACCUCGCAGUCAUUGUGGCAUCUUUGGCCUACAAUACAUGGUUCACCAAGCUCUACUGCAGAGACAUGCGCUUAAGCUCAGAGGUUGUGGAGCAGGUUCUCCAUACCGUCAGUAAAUCCAGCAGUCUGGAAGAACUCAUUCUGGAGAACGCCGGCCUUAAAGCAGAUUUCCCUCAGAAAAUGGCUGCCGCUCUGUCAGAAAACCCAGCAUCUGUGCUUCACUCCCUCAACCUGGCUCACAACACAUUCGACAAUCAAGGAGUGUCAAACCUCAUCCAGCAGGUGUGUCAGCUCAGCAAAGGCCUCCGUCUGCUCAACCUCUCCAAAACCUCAUUCUCCUCUAAAGGUGUUAGUUCUCUGUCUCAGGCUCUAUGUUCCACUGAAGACUACUCAAACUCUCUUCUGCAUCUCGACCUGAGCAAGAACCCAGGCAUUCUUUCAGGGGAGGAUGCUACGAAUCUGUACCUGUUCUUGGCUCAGCCCAACUGCUUGGUACAUUUGGAUCUCUCAGGCACAGACUGUUCAGUGGAAUCACUGUUUGGCGCUUUACUUCGAGGCUGCUGUGCCGAUCUGUCCUACCUGAAUCUCUCAAAGAACUCCUUCUCUCACAGGAAAGUGAAAGAAACACUUACCACCUUCCGUCAGUUCUUUACCUCAGUGUUCAGCCUCAGCCAUCUCAGCAUGGCCUCAAUGAAGAUGCCCCCAGAUGUGCUCAGGGCUCUAUUUCUGGGCUUGUCAUCCAACCCUCAUAUCUCUGACCUGCAUUUGGACAUCAGUGGUUGCGAGCUCAGAUCAGCAGGAGCAGCAGUAAUAAAAGACUUGUUUCCCCAAGUCUCUUCCAUCAGUACCCUGGACAUCUCAGAUAAUGGCUUGGAUGCUGAUCUUUACUCAGUCAUCCCGGCCUUCUCCCGCCACCCCUCCCUGAAGCAUCUGCUGCUGGGCAAGAAUUUCAGUGUCAAGGGCAGGUUGCUGGAUGAAAUCCUACAAAAGCUUGUGCAGUUAGUGCAAGAAGAAGAGUGUGGUCUGCAGAGUUUGUCCCUAGCUGACUCCAGACUGCGAUCCAGAGGAACAGUGCUGGUGAACGCUCUCGGCAGCAACGCGUGUCUCAGGAAAGUGGAUUUGAGCGGUAAUGGCCUGGAGGACACAGGGGCUAGGAUGCUGAGCAAAGCCCUGCAGAUCAACACAACUCUCAGGAACGUGACAUGGGAUCGGAACAAUACGACAGCUGCUGGGUUUCAGGAUGUAGCACGCUCUAUGGAGCAUAAUUUUACUCUGCAGUGUAUGCCUGUACCACUGAGCGAUGUUACACAGGCAUACCGCAGUUCCCCCGAGAGGACGGAACAGGCAAUGACAAAGAUCCAGCGGGCAUUGUUAAGAAACAACCAGACUCAGCGCUUCUCUCAGAAACAGGCUCUCAGACUGCAUCAGGGUCUGGUGACUAGCACUGCUGAGCAGGUGAUGGAGCGCUUGUGCGUACGCGUUCAGCAGCAGGUAUGUGUAUUAAGAGCAGCAGGUGAGGGAGAAGAUUUACAGGCAGCCAGACAAGUUCUGAAGGAGGCCAGGAACUCUCGCGCCCUUUACCCUUCGCUGUGUGAGCUGGCUCAUGUGCUUUCUGUAGAUGGGCCAGUUAGACAAAAACUGGAGUCUCUCACUGGAGAACUGGCCAAAGCAGCUGACAAAGAGCUACAAGUGAUUGUUGACUCCAUGGUGUCUCUGUGCCGAGAACUUUGUCCCCUUUCCUCGGCUACAGCGGAGCAUCUUUCUCCUCCUCUCUCUUCUAUCUCUGAGCGUGUGUCCAUCCCUCGUUCUGACAUCCGCAAUGCUCUGAUGGAGAGAGCAGCCCAGGAUAUUAACCAAGCUUUAGAAGAAGUCAAGAUGUCUGUGGUUUCCUAUCUCACCAACUCGGUAGUGGACCAGAUCCUUCAAGAGCUCUAUGCCACUCACAAGACACUGCUUCAGCAGGUGGCUCGGAUGAGGCGAGCUGAAGACGGCACGAUGGUCCGUCACACGCUCCGACAUGCUGACACCGCCGACAUCCCCGAGGACGAUUUCAGUAUCAGCAUAGAUACAAUAGCCAUAAAGAAGCGCACCUCCAGGACACGACGCAUCCGGCCCGUCUCCACCAGGCUGAGUCUAGGUGACGAUCCCAACUUGUCUCCUUCACUAGCAGCGCCUCGUCCGUCUGCCCCGCUUUCUCACUUAAGCUCUUGGGAUAAUUUGUCCAGCUUGCCAACCCAAGGUGCACCUCUGCGCCACAUAACCCACAUCAGACCCCGCCCACCAAGAAGGCAUCGCCCAGGACACACCCCACCAGAUAUGCAUUCUUCUGAGAACGGUGGGGUGAACCUGCUGGAUGAUGGACUACCUGAUUUCUACACCAAGAGAGUCUUACCAGACAGUCAGUUGUCCUCACAUCAUGUCCAGUCUCUGAGGCGGAAGAAGAGGCGCAAUGUGCUGUCUAUUUUUACAGGAUUCAGGAAGAACCGUUACUCCGCGUCGUAUCAAGAGCCGGAGACUACAAUCCAGGGGGAAGGGUGUGGGGAUGAAUGCCGCACCGACGCAGGACCCGAGAUUCUGUACUCUGUGAUUCAUCGCCCUAAAGACUUCCAGAAAGCAGAGACCCAGAGAGAGGAAAGCAAUUGCGGUCCACGAGAAGAAAGAUUUUUUCAGGUCUCAGGUCGAACUUUUUAUGGCAUACUCCUACCAGGGAUGAAGGCAGUGAGUCCCUCCUGCACCCCACAGAGACAGUCACCCGAAUACAGCGAAGUCUUCAUCUCUUCGGACGUCCCCGCAAACAGGGAUGAUAAAGGACGGAAAGCUCCUAAAGACAAUCAAGACGAACUACAUGUCCAGUGUUCGACCUCGUCUUCCACUCAGUCCGAGGAGGAAGUGCCGGCCAAGUCUCAGCAGAGACCCGAGCCUCCUCCACAGAGCAGCAAGCCGAGACUGGGGAACACGAGACAGCACCAUCUGAAGGAAAAUUCUGGUGAGAGUGCUGAAGAAGAUUCCGAAGGAGAGAAAGAUGUGAUCGAUAAAGAAAAGGAUAUUCAGGAAGCCCAAACACAGAAAGCAGAAGGACAAACUCCUCCCAUCUCUGAAAAGCUUGACGAUUCACCCGAGAAAUCAAGUGGCGAGAACAAAGUACAGACUCCUGUAUCAGUUGCCCGUACCAAGUCUCCAUCCAGAUUAUUAGAUUCACCCGUCCGUCAAGGUGCAGAGAAAGACUUUUCCUCAAUCGGACUGGACGCAAAAACUCACAGGAACCGAAAGGCUCACUCAUGUGAGGCAGGCUUUAAUUCAGGAAUGGAGGAAGACAGCCCUGGCGAUGUGGAGAGGUCCACAGACCCUAAACCACCGGUGAAAAAGCCUCGACUGCCCCAAAGAAGAAACAAAUCGUUUGAUAUUCCUGGUAAACAAAGUCCAGAGCCAAGCAACAGUGAAGCCUCGUGAUCAAACAGUCUUUUUUUGUUUGUUUGUUUUGUUUUUAUUUUUUUCCACAAGUAGAUGGAGGUCAAGCAAGAGAGUGACGGGAUUGUGAGGAAUGUUAUGCUAGAAUGAAAUUGCAUUCCCAAUUCAGUGUCAGUCAUGUUUACACACACACACACACACACACACACACACACACACACACACACACUGCUUGACUGGUGUCUUUCAUACCCUUUAAAUCACUUGUUUUGCAUCAUUCAGUUCAUAUUCCUACUUCUGUCUGUUCUCCAUCUCUCUCUCUCUCUCUCUCUCUCUCUCUCUCUCUCUGCCUCUUCACUUUUGCUUUCAUUAACGUUUACUCAUUAAGCAGUACUGCUAUCCCUUUUUUAAAAGGUACAAUAAGCAAUAUUUCCCUCUUGCACCUCAUAAGCUGUGUAUGCUGUUAUUUACUUGCCUGGCUUCUUGCUAUGACUUCAGAAUAUUAUUGAACAUCCAGCGUUGCCCCAAUUUCUUUUCUGUGCCACCUAGAAAAGCAAUCACACUGGUGGACGAAAUGUCUGGAAGGGCCAAAAAAGUUCCUUCAAAAAUAAUGAGCAGGGGAUUAUUAUUAUUUUUUUUUCUUUUUAAUUCUGACAUCAAAAAUGAGUGCAAUUUCACUUUCAUGUGUGUUGCAUUUGUACCAGACUGUAAUACAAUCACUGUCCAAUCACAGGCUUUUUAUAACAUCUUUGAUAAUGAUUGCUCCUAGUUUAUCCUGCUGUGAGAUACAAGUACAGAAUCAUAAGAUGCUGGAGCUUCUCCUUCUGUGAUUGGACAGUGAUUGCAUUUCAGUGUGACAAAACUGCAACCCAGUGAUGGAACACAACAUUCGAUGCAGUGAAGGUUUUACUUUUUCGACAUAGUGUGGUAGUUUGUCUGUCACAGAUGUUUUAGGUAUCUUGUGAUUGCGUUUCUUUAUGGCACUGAUUCGUUUCCAUAGAUCCCUGUAUUUUAUGUAUUUUAGAACCUGCAGGAUGUCAGUGUAUAGCAUCUCCAUAGCAACGCUAUGCCAACGUUAUGCCUUUAGGCUUGCUGUUUUUGUUUGUUUGUUUCUAGGUUUUAAGUUGUUUUUGUUUGGUUUUUUUUGAGAACGUUAACAGCAUUUCAGAUCAAAAACACAGAUGUUCACGUGUAUUCUAUGCUGUUCCGUAAAGAGCAGAAUUUUACUGUAUUUAAAUGAGCUCUAUUUUUUACUGGUGUUGUGA